UGGCGCGGUGGCGCGUGUCGUAUGAGCGCAGUCUUACGCGGACCGUCAACCCUUGCGCACGGUAGCGACAAGAGGGUGCGAGCGAGCAACGGUGGCGCCCCGGCCAUCUCUUUGAUCCUCGUCCUCGCGAGUCGCGUAGAAUUCGCGCGCGCGUCUCACACACACACACAUCGUUUAACCCAAUCCGCCGAUCAAGCGCGCGCGUGUCUCUCGCAUGUGCAGCGUCACGAUUUUUUCCCGGAAGAAAGGAUCGUCAGGAGGGAACAGCGUGACUUCUUCCUCCCCUCGCUCUCGGGAACCGCGAGUGUGAGUUCCGCGAGUCGAGUGGCAUCCGCCUCCGUGAUGAACGGAAACGCCAGGAGCGACGGUGAUGCCGACGCGACGUCGUUGGGUGCGGACAUCCUCAACCCCUUCGUGCAUCGCUUGGAGCUCGACUCGACCUACGAGAAGCUCAAGACGAUAUUCCUAACAAUUGCCCUCCUGCCGUUCAGGCUCGCCGCCAUCACGACUUUGAUGAUACUGGCGUGGCUGCUGGCCUGCCUGGGUCUCCAUGGAUUAUCCGAGGAGGAUCUUCGGCGAGCUCCUCUCAAAGGAUGGAGGCGAGACAUGCGCAUCGUGAUCUGCUGGAUGAUGCGGGCAUUAUUUCUCUGCGGCGGUUUCCAUCAUCUGAAGGUCAAGGGCCGGAAGGCGGAGACUAAGGACGCGCCGGUGCUGGCUCUCGCCCCGCAUUCCAGUUUCUUCGAUGCACUUCCGGUCGUGUACCUCGGCGGACCGAGCAUCGUCGCCAAAGGGGAGAAUAGACGCCUCCCUUUCUUCGGAAAGCUCAUCAAUUAUACGCAACCGGUGUACGUGUGGAGGGAAGACCCUAAUUCCCGGCAGAACACCAUCAAGGAAAUCAUCGAGAGAACCACUUCCAAGGAAGAUUGGCCGCAGGUUAUGAUAUUUCCCGAAGGAACCUGCACAAACCGGUCAUGCUUGAUCACUUUCAAAUCAGGCGCAUUCUAUCCAGGCGUGCCUGUGCAACCGGUAUGCAUCAGGUACCCUAACAAGCUGGACACGGUGACGUGGACUUGGGAAGGUCCUGGCGCGUUGAAACUAUUAUGGCUGACGUUGACGCAAUUAAACAGCAGCUGCGAGAUCGAGUUCCUCCCUGUGUAUAAUCCGAGCGAGGCGGAGAAAAUGGAUCCCAAGCUGUACGCGAACAAUGUGCGACGCCUCAUGGCAGAAGCUUUGAAGAUUCCCGUGUCGGACUACACGUACGAUGACUGCCGGAUAAUUCAAAAGGCUCAUCAGCUGCAUCUCCCGUAUGCGUCCAGUAUUGUGAAGACUCACAAGCUUCGGUGCAAGCUAGGCCUGGUGGCAUCGAAAACGGAAGAAGAGCUUGUUCAGAAGAAAACGACCAACUUCGGCGACGUGAACCUGCAGGAAUUCGCGCAAAUUCUAAGACUGGACGAGAAGGACCCGACCACUCAACAAUUGUUCCGCAUUCACGAUAGGCUCGGCCAAGGAAAGAUCGAUCUUCAGGAAUAUAUCUUCACUGUGCUGGUCACGGCAAAUGCGUCUACGGAAUUAGACAAGGUCGAAGUCGCGUUCGACGUUUGCGGCUCGAAGACAACGUCGUGCCUGACCCAAUCGGAACUCAGGAAAGCCUUGAGGUUAUCGCUACGUAUGCAACCGGAAGAGUCCGACAGGAUCUUUCAACAGGCUAGGAACGAUGAAAACGACGUCACAGUGAGCUUCGAUGACGUUCUGACGCAAUUGUCAAACCGUGCGGAGUACACGCAUUUGUUCGCUGCGAGCAACGAAAGUUCAAAGAAGGCCAUUUGAAAGUGUCUUUUGGCGCCCGAUGUUCCACCCAGAGGACAUCGUGGCAGACCCUUUCACAAUCCCAUCUGCUCCAUCCCUGUAUGAAAAACGCAUCCGAUGCUUCAAGGAUCUAAUGCGAAAUUAUUUUGUCGUUGGCGGAAGUUGCAGUCGCGAGAACCUAGACAACUAGCUUGUCUUUCCUAUAAUUCUGUAAAUUAGAGAAAGUCAAGAACUUAGCGAUAUAGGAAGUUAACAAUUACGAGAUUCAAGGGUUCGAAGUCAUCCUAGAUUUGAUAAAUUCCAAAAUAUUUAGUUAUACGACGGUUGUAGAAAUCAAGCGAUAUACGAAAAUCCAAAGAUACGCAGAACCCGAACAGAACUGGAGAUUUGAAGGUUUGGUAAUUCCUAAAGGACAAAAACGCCGCGAUUUCUGAAGACCGAUAAAAUUCUGUUUAAGAAUCUGGAAAAAUCUGAAAGCCUAAAAACUCGAGGGAAGGAAGUACCCUAGAGUGCAUUGAAAAGAGAAUAGCUCGCAAAAAUUUUCAAAAUAUGAGGAUUCUAUGACGCAUGCUUGAUCGAGGAUCUGCUAAAUGUAUGUAGAAUCCUAAAGGAGAAGAGCAAUUUUGCCACAGUUACUUUGCUGUAUAUGACGAACUUAGUUGAAUGAACCAGUCAUGAAAGUUCCCGUAGCUCGAGAGGAUUUGAGGUCCCCUGGUGACGUAGGGCUUGGAUAUAUAUUUAGAGAGCAAAAAAAAGACGAAAACGAGCAGAUAAUUACAUGAUUUAUUUUUUGGCUCGAUAGUUUGAUGAUGCCGCGAGAUUCGGUACACAUGUGCAGACAUGCAGUCAUGCACACACGGAGAUACAAAUGUACGAUAACAGUUGCAUGCAUACUUGUUGCACACCGCGACUGGCACAUAUAGAGGCACACGUAUAUAUGUACACACACCCACACAAACAGGGGAGGGAUGCAGCAAGAUUAUGCGAAUCGAUCGUCUACACCGUCUGCGUAUGCGCGCGCAAGUGCGCAAUUCAUGUAUGUACGCAUGUAUGUAUGUAUAUAUAUACAAAGAAGAAUAUGCGGGUGCAGCUAAAGAGAGCAUCCUUUGUAAUAUCCUGUAUAUGAGCGAAAUGGCCAAACUCCAACAGCGCAUUGUAGUGGUCAUUAUAAGUUGAGAGCGGACAUAUGUAUGUUGAGUUAUAGAACAUUUUACUACGAACGAGUAUGUUGAAAAAUAACAGUAUUUAUUGAACCGAGA